GACAGACCCACGGACCGAGGCUCCGCGCCUGUCCGCAGCGAGCGGCCGGCAUGGCGGCGCGGAGGAGCCCCCCGCAGGCGCAGCAGCCGGAACGGCCGGGCGCCCUUGCCGCAGGAAAUGACCAAGUUCACUCCUGGACACUAGUCACCAGCCAAGCCUUAGAUACUGCGUGGGGAAUAGCAAAGGGUUCCGUGAUGUUGGCAGUUUCAUUGCUGCUGGCCACCCUCUGCUACUUCAGGAGGCUGAAUUUACACUUAGGACACCGGCUAAAAUGGUGGAGUGGAUAUCUGCAAAGAAAAUUCAAAAGGAACCUCAGCGUAGAGGCGGAAGUUGACUUACUCAGCUAUUGUGCAAGAGAGUGGAAAGGGGAGACGCCCCGUGCCAAGCUGAUGAGGAAGGCUUAUGAGGAGCUGUUUUGGCGGCGUCAUAUUAAAUGUGUCCGACAAGUAAAGAGAGAUAACUACGAUGCACUAAGAUCCGUGUUAUUUCAGAUAUUCAGCCAGGGCCUUUCUUUUCCAUCCUGGAUGAAGGAGAAAGACAUUGUUAAGCUUCCUGAGAAACUGCUCUUUUCACAAGGUUGUAAUUGGAUCCAGCAAUACAGUUUUGGUCCUGAGAAGUACACAGGUUCAAAUGUGUUUGGAAAGUUGCGUAAAUGUGUGGAAUUGCUGAAAACACAGUGGACUGAGUUCAGUGGGAUUAAAGAUUAUCACAAGAGAGGAUGUAUGUGCAACAUCCUUUUCUCUAAUGCCAUCCUGGAAUACAAACUGUAUGAAGCUUUAAAGUUCAUCAUGCUAUAUCAAGUCACUGAAGUUUAUGAACAAAUGAAGAUGAAAAAGGUCAUUCCCAGUCUUUUCAGACUCCUGUUUUCCCGGGAAACAUCACCUGAUCCUUUGAGCUUCAUGAUGAAUCACCUAAAUUCUGUAGGCGACACAUGUGGACUAGAGCAGAUUGAUAUGUUUAUACUUGGAUAUGCACUUGAAGUCAAGAUAAAAGUGUUCAGACUGUUCAAGUUUAACUCCAGGGACUUUGAAGUCUGCUACCCAGAGGAGCCACUCAGGGAGUGGCCUGAGAUCUCCCUGCUGACUGAGAAUGACCGCCACUACCACAUUCCCGUCUUUUAAGUCUGGCGUGGACCGGAUACCCGCCAGUGACAGUAGUCACGCUGGCAAGUAAAGUGUUCUAGGAAAACCAAAGCUGGUGUCGCAGCCACUGAAGGAAUUAGGACCUUCUCCAGAAUUACAGGUACACUGGAUGCAGCAGUGCACACAUGGCUUUUUCUUUGUUUUUCAAUGAUUCCCUCCAAAGCAGCUGCACUAAUAUAUUUGUGGGUUCAUGGUUUGACCUUGUUCAUAAGAGCUACAGUCACUUCACAUAUGGGGGCUUUUAAGAGAAUGAGAACAUUUAAUUUGGACAAAAACAACAACAGGAAAAAAUGGAGAAGAAAACGAGUAGGAAAAAGACUAACCUAGAAAGAAUGAAUUUGUGUCUAACUUUUACAAUCUUUUUUAAGAAUCUUGCCUUUAGUUGAUUUUGGAUCCUCAUAAACAUAGCCUUAUUUUAUAAGCAUUACCUUUCCAGGAAUCUUUAUGGUAUCUUGAUUUUCUAGAACCAUUUGAUUAUAAAAUUAUAAAAUGAUGGAGGGUGGUGUAUACAUACACACAUACCUAUAUGUAUACAUGUAUAGUUUUAUAUAUACACAUAUGAACACAUACACACAAAUAAUCACUACUUUGUAAUGUACAAUUUGUUUUAUAUCUCUUUAUAUUUUUUGUUAUUGUUGCAUCUGGCCAGCUUAAUACAUUUUAUAUAGAUAAAAAAGAUAAAUUCUGUAGAUUAAGGUAAAUGAAUGAAAAUAUUAACUUGCGGUAUAUUAACAUGUGUAUUUAAUAUGUCAUGGGUAGAAUCAUGCCUGCCUCCCCCUUUCCCAGAAAUAUCUUACAUCUUAAUCCCCAGAAUCUGUGAAUAUGUUGGGUUAAACGGCAAAGGAGAAUCAAGUUGCAGGUAGAAUUAAGGUACUAAUCUACUGACCUUGUUUUAGGGAGAGUAUACUGAGUGUUCCAGGUGAAUCCAAUAUAAUCACAAGGGUCCUUAAAAGCACAAGGGGGAAUUGGAAGAGUGGCAUAGUCAGAGGGAAAUGAGAAAUCCAGAAGGACGGUAGAGAGAUGCAACAUGUUGGUACUGCAGAUGAAGGAAGGAACCACGAGCCAAGGAAUGCAGGCGUGGCCUCUGGAAGCGGGAAAAGGCAAGGGAAUGGAUUCUCACCUGGAGCCUCCGGGAAGGAACACGGCCCUGCCAACACCAUGAGUUUAGCCCAGUGAGACCUGCAUCACACCUCUGACCUCGAGGGCUGUAAGAUAAUAAAUAUGUGUUAAGUCACUAAGUUUGUGGUAAUGUGUUACAGCAACGAUUGACAAUAACUCAGGUGAACUAAUUUUUGGUUAUCUUUAUUUUGUAAAUACUUUUCUAGUUUAUUUUGGUAAUCUUUAUUUUGGAGGUACUUUGUUAAAUCUGUUGUGAAUUUCAAUAAAUGCAAACUAACUUUUAAGUUACAAACCCCUCUUAAGAACUGGCUUCCUUAAUGUGUUUGAGGCUGACGUUUUCUCACUUUUUUUCAAAUAGUUUCUACUAUAAAUAAAAAAGAGGUAUGUUUCCCUGGCCAGUGUAGCUCAAUGAAUUAAGUGCCAGCCUGUGAUCCAAGAGGUUGUUGGUUCCGUUCCUGGUCAAGCCUCAUGCCUGAAUAGUUGGUCGGGAGAGGCAGUCUAUCAAUGUUUCUCUUGCACAUUGAUGUUUCUCUCUUUCUCCCUCUCUUCUCUUUCUAAAAAAUAAAUAAAAUCACUUAAAAAAGGUAUGUUAAAUGCUGGUGUAUGAAAAUAAUAUUCAGACUUUUUAAUGAGGGUAAUCACCUGUAUGUACUACGAAAGGCAGGUGUCCAGCCAUGCAUUGUAUUACACCUUCUGUCAUUUUGUUUUCUGGUUGGAGAGUAAUGAGCUUAAACCAAGGGGUUUUGCAUUACUUUGAACACCGCACAAACAAACAGGAGUUCUUAAUUGAUCUCUGCUGACCUGUUCUGCUUGGUAGUGUCUAUGGUUUUGCACAACCCCGUCAUUUAAUCGACACUGUUGGCAGUUGUCCCCUUGACGCGUUACUAGGACCUGGAAAAAUGAACUCUACCCUUUGUGUUCACAAGCAGACAUGAUGAGAGCCCGCAGCAGGCUGUGAAUGAUGAUCCUAGAAUUGCUGCUCUGGACUUACGGCUCCAGUGCAGCUAUCCAGGUACCUACCUGGCAUUUGUAUAUUUCCAUUCACCUUGCAUCUCCUUACCCAAUGUAAUUAUUUCCACGUCAAUCCAGGAUUGUAGUAUAAUCCAGAUGUCCAAUAUAAGGGAAGUUUAGGUGACCACAUGGGUCAGGCAAAUCAGGUUUUACUUCAUCUCCAAGGUAAAAAAAUAGCCACAGGUAGCUUCUGGCUUCAUCCUAGGAACACUAUCCCCAUGGAUGGAAGUAUUUGUUACUGUUAUGUAUCAGAUGAUUUUUUCAUAUUUUAGUGAGAUCAGAGAAAGACCAAUUUAAUUUUGUCUAAGCUGGUUGGUCUUGGGGAGGAAACUAUUUAACUUCUGAGUACUCUGAAACUGGGCAUUCCAUCUUAAAGGAGAUAAAUCUUUUUAGGUUGAUAACUAACCUGAUAUGUGAAAACCUGUACAAAUUUGAAUAAAGGGUGACUAAUUUAGUCAUCUUAGUUUUAAAUAGCAAGUUGCUAAAGCUGUGUGAUCUUUUUAUAAGAAUGUGUUUCACACUGCUUAAGACUUGUUGCUGUGUAAAAUUUUAAAAUAAACUAUAUAGCUUUAUGGAUCUGAACUUUUAACAGUUUAUUGGGGUUGCCUGUCAUGAGUUGACUAUUGCUGCAUUACCUAAGUAUUGACUAUAUUUAGGUAUACUUUUCUCUCUAGCUAUUGUUUUCUUCAAAUUCUAUUUUCAUCACAAUGUUUUUAUGGUCAGACACAAAAUUAAGUGGGCCCAAACUGCACAGUCCCUUCUAUGUUAUCUGUUCAAAAUAGUCAGGUCUUCCCUAAAUUCACUUUAGCUUUAAUCCUGCCAUACUCCUGGAGGCCAAGAAAAUAAAGGUGUGUGGAUUACGUUGAUGCUUAAUAUCAACAUGGUUUAUAAAUAAUGGAAAAACCACUCACUCACAUAUUCAACAGCCCCUAGACUGAAGUGCCCCAUAGCACAGCCUAAAUUAUGCCAUACAUCUUCCUGUGAAGAUUGUAGGGUGUGUGUGAGGAAAUGAGAGCUUCAUGACGAAUGUGGCUCCAGCCAACACAGAUGAUUGGACUACACGUAGGAUGUAAAAUAACAUUCUUGGUUUUAAGAAAAUGAGUCUCUGUGUAUAAUUGAUCUCUUGGUCCUUAUACUCAAUUUCAUCAGAUCUUAGAUUGCUUUUUAAGUCAUGUUAAU